AUGGCGUCGAUACAACACGAAAGCCUCAAUCCGCCCAGUUCGACUACUAACCCAACUCCCGAUAUAGAGAAAGAAAGCGCCAUGGUUUCAACAAAACCCCAAGAAAAACAAUCAGCGUUCAAAAAUCUCGGCAUCUUGGAUCGCUUUCUUGCGAUAUGGAUUUUCCUGGCCAUGGCCAUCGGGAUCAUUCUGGGCAACUUGGUCCCGAACACUGGUCCUGCAUUACAACGAGGCACAUUUGUUGGUGUGUCAGUUCCAAUCGCUGUUGGUUUACUUGUUAUGAUGUACCCGAUUCUCUGCAAAGUCCGAUAUGAAUCUCUGCAUCGGGUGUUUCAAACUCGACAGAUAUGGAUCCAGAUGGCGUUUAGCAUAGUGCUCAACUGGAUUAUUGCUCCGUUCUUAAUGUUGGGCCUGGCAUGGGCUUUCCUACCCGACGAGCCUGAGCUGCGACAGGGACUGAUUCUGGUUGGAAUUGCACGGUGCAUUGCCAUGGUCUUGAUAUGGACAGGUCUCGCCGGCGGAGACGGAGAAUACUGUGCCAUCCUGGUAGCACUCAACUCACUCCUCCAAAUGGUGCUUUUCGCACCCAUGGGCGUAUUCUUUAUCCGCGUCAUCAGCGGCGACUCGGUAACCUUCGAAUACACCACCGCAGCCAAAAGCGUCGCCGUAUUCCUCGGCAUUCCCCUCGGCGCUGCAAUACUCACGCGGUUCACAAUCCGCCAAGCCAUCUCUGCGAAAUGGUACGACCAGGUCUUUCUGAAGUGGGCGAGUCCGUGGUCGCUGAUCGGGCUCUUGUUCACGAUCUUGGUGCUGUUUGCGUCGCAGGGCCGACAGGUCGUCCACCAGAUUGUUUCGGUGAUUCGGGUUGCCGCGCCGCUGGUGGUUUACUUUGCUGUGGUCUUUUUCGCGACUUUGUUUAUUGCGCAUAGAUGCGGGUUUGGGUAUAAGCUGGCUGCGACGCAGAGCUUUACUGCGGCUAGCAAUAAUUUCGAGUUGGCUAUUGCGGUUGCUGUUGCGACGUUUGGCGCGAAUAGUAACCAGGCGCUGGCUGCUACUGUUGGACCUUUGAUUGAGGUUCCGGUGUUGUUGGGCUUGGUUUACGCUGUGAAGGUUAUCGCUAAUCGGCUGGGCUGGAAGGAUUAA